AUGUAUUCUUCUAAUGGUUCGGAUAUUUUACGACCUGCUGCAACUAUCGUCAUAGUAGCACCAAUAAAAAAAAUUGACGAUGAAAUAGAAUAUAACGAUAAAUUCAAUUAUAAAGUAUUAAUGAUGAAAAGAAAUGCUAAAGGAUCAUUUGUCAAUGCACAUGUAUUUCCAGGUGGAAAUGUAGAUCCAUCCGAUUCGUCCAAAGAAUGGUCUAGCGCUAAUUUAACUCCAGAAUUCGAAUUCACAAAAAUAAUGGAGCGUGACCAAUCAUCAACAACUUCUUUAACAACCUCCAAAAUCUGUGCGAUACGAGAAACAUUUGAAGAAUGCGGAAUUCUGCUCACGAAACCCAAUGUCAAAUUUGACCUUACAGAAGCAAAACGAUGGCGCGACAAGAUACACAAUGACGCCAACGAAUUUAUUUCACUAUGCAAAAAAUUUAAACUAAAACCUGCAAUUGAAGAACUUGAUCUGUUUUACAAUUGGAUCACACCAAGAACAGAGCUCAAACGUUACAAUGUCAAUUUCUAUCUAACUAUUAUACCUUAUGAUGAUGUAUCCUAUACUGACAUUGUAGCUGAUGGUGAAGAAACAACUCAAUUAAAUUGGUUUACACCCGAGGAAGCAUUGACUGCAUUCCGUAAAUCUGAGAUUAAUCUUUUCCCGCCCCAGUGGUACACAUUAACCGAACUGUUCGAAUACAAAAAGUUAUUUCAGUUACGUGUGAUGCUGAAUAGUAAGAAGAGGAUUGUAGUACCAAUGAUGCCAGAAUUCAUGAAAGACGACAAAACUAACCGACGUUAUUUCGUUUUACCCGGCGAUUUUCAGCACUCUACUACGCCUGAUCACGUCAGGAAGACAAAUCCUAAUGCAAGACAUCGAUUUUAUUUUGAUUUUAAGAAAAAGACAAUAUUAAACCUAGAAAUGAAUAUCGGAUAUGGAAACGCCAAUAAAUCUCGAUUAUAG